AGUGAUGGUAGUUGAUAGUUGACAAAGUUAAGAUGGUCAGCUGGUAAUAUCCAUUGCGGUUUGAAGUCUACGACAGUAAAUUAAGCCCUGAAUUUGUGUCGCCGUCUGUAACAUUGCGAGGAUGGACGGUGGAGAAGAGGUGCGAGUGAAAGCGUCCCCAUACUGCUGGUCAACUCGUGAUGGAGGGAACAUCACUGGACCCCGCCUGGCCCGUCGCAGCAAGAAGGCCCGCAGCCUGAGCACUUCCUCAGCCAGCAGCUCCUCUGAAUACAGGAAGACCCAAUCUCUACACGGACCAAGCCCUGUGACUACAUUUGGUCCAAAGGCAUGCAUGCUACAGAAUCCACAAGCAGUAAUGCACAUUCAGGACCCCGCCACCCAGCGGCUAACAUGGAACACCCCCCCCAAGAGUGUCCUGGUAAUUAAGAAGAUCCGAGACGCCACCCUGCUUCAGCCUUUCAAGGAGCUCUGCAUGUUCCUCACUGAGGUCAAAAACAUGAUUGUUUAUGUGGAGAAGAAAGUUCUAGAGGACCCAGCUAUUUCUGGUGAUGACAACUUUGGAACUCUUACUACAAAGUUCUGCACUUUCAGAGAAGAUCUUGAUGACAUAUCCAACCGUGUGGACUUCAUCAUCUGUCUCGGUGGAGAUGGAACUUUGCUCUAUGCGUCGUCACUCUUCCAGGAGAGCGUUCCACCAGUGAUGGCCUUCCAUCUUGGCUCUCUCGGCUUCCUGACGCCUUUCAAGUUUGACACCUAUCAGUCUCAGGUCACCCAAAUUAUUGAAGGUAAUGCAGCCAUUGUGCUGCGCAGUCGCUUGAAAGUGUGUGUGCACCGGGAGAGGGAAAAGGGCGUCAUUCUGACCAAUGGCGAAGUGGACGGUAGCCGCAAAGCCACAAACUAUCAGGUUCUUAACGAGGUGGUGGUGGACAGAGGCCCCUCCUCGUAUCUUUCUAACGUGGACCUCUUCCUGGACGGACACCUCAUCACCACGGUGCAGGGGGAUGGUGUGAUUGUGUCCACGCCUACAGGCAGUACAGCAUAUGCAGUGGCCGCGGGAGCCUCCAUGAUACACCCCAACGUGCCAGCCAUCAUGAUCACUCCCAUCUGCCCCCACUCCCUCUCUUUCAGACCCAUCGUGGUGCCGGCCGGAGUCGAGUUGAAGAUAAUGCUGUCACGUGAUGCCAGAAAUACGGCGUGGGUGUCGUUCGACGGGCGACGCCGACAGGAGAUCUGUCACGGAGACAGUAUUGCCAUCACAACUUCCUGCUUCCCUGUUCCUUGUAUCUGCUUCCGCAACCCGGUCAACGACUGGUUCGAGAGCCUGGCCCAGUGUUUACACUGGAACGUGAGGAAGAAGCAGAACUACCUCAGCUUGGAGGAUGAUGAGUUCUGAGUCUUUGUUUUAACGUUCCCUUUUUUUAAUGGUGGAAGGCCUCGAGCUCCAUUGGACAUACUUCUUACGAAUAAAACCAGCACCGUUUUUUUGUAUAACAUCAGAAAGGGAUGACAGAAGUUUGAGAAAUGAAAAGAAGUUAGUCCAAAAAAAAAAUUUUUGAAUGGACUAUGGCUCACAGUUGUUACAGGAUCAUCCUUUUUUUCUUUGUCAUCCCAAGGCGACAAAUCAAGAUUUCGGGGUGUCCCUGCGCAAACGUGCACAACUUCAAAGCUUAUUAUUAGAAUAUUACACCUAACUGAUGUUGUCUGAUUGGUUUAUUUGUUUUUGACUUACGACCUGGUAAAAACUAUAGAUUCAUUCAUUCUUUCGAGGUGAGGGUGUUGCACUUUAGUGGCCAAAUCUUAUUUUUUUCACAUCUUUCUGAAUUUGUGUAAGAAAGUGAGUCAACAUUGCAAUCUGUGCCUUACAUUAACAUUGACUAUUGACACAGGAAUGAGUGAAAACAAUACCUUUCCAGUUUUACCCCAUGGCUGUUUUUUGUAAAAAACAACAACAAAAAACACCAAUCUUGUCUAUUUUCACAGUAGCCAUUCACACAUAGUUUGUUACUUACAGCGGACAUCACAUGCAGCCUAUUUUUUUUAAUGAUAAAUACAGUUUGUUUUUUUAAGUCCUCCAAGCCAUAGUGAAAGCAGCCAUGUGGCCUAACCUGAGAUAUCUUGUCGCCACGGCAGAAAUUCCCAGUGAAUGUUGCAUUGGAAUGAAAAGAUGAGCAAAGAGGACCAACUGAGCUCUUAAACGCAAUGUACUGUAUAUAUGUGCCGCUUUAAUAAGAUGUAUUUUGUAAAAUGUGUUUUAUUAACCUGUUUACAAUGUAUCAUGGGGAAAAUAAAUCUGUUUGGUACUUUUA